UCUCGCUCCUAGUUUUCUGUUCCGUUAUCACUAUAUAUGCCUGCUUCACCAACUCAUGCUCUUUUUUUCCCUUCCUUCUCCAAUUUUCUCUCUCAUCGCCGUCGACGACCACCACUCGCAGGCGGUCUCGUCGGCCCAUUCCCGCCGUUGAUUUCGCCGGAAAACAUCACUUUUCCGACUCAACUUAUCUCCUUCAGGUCUUAUUAUUUGUUAUAGAAAGGGUGUUUGUGCGUGUGUUUGAAUCAAGGGUGUUGAGAAAAUAUGGAAGGAGUUGGGCUUAGGAAAGUGAGCUCUCAUUGCUCGAUCUCUGAGAUGGAUGAUUUUGACCUCGCAAAGCUCCUUGAUAAGCCGAGGUUGAAUAUUGAGAGGCAGAGAUCGUUCGAUGAGAGAUCAUUGAGUGAGUUAUCCAUAGGUAUGAAUAAAGGGAGUGUAGAGAACUUUGAACACAUGUACUCUCCUGGAGCAAGGUCUGGUUUCGAUACCCCUGCUUCAUCGACUAGGAACUCUUUUGAGCCCCAUCCUAUGGUUGCCGAAGCUUGGGAAGCUCUCCGACGAUCUUUGGUGUACUUUAGAGGUCAGCCUGUGGGCACCAUCGCUGCUUAUGACCAUGCUUCUGAGGAAGUUCUAAAUUAUGACCAGGUUUUUGUAAGGGAUUUUGUGCCUAGUGCACUAGCUUUCCUUAUGAACGGUGAGCCGGAUAUAGUUAAGAAUUUCCUGUUAAAGACCCUGCAACUUCAGGCUUGGGAAAAGAGAGUUGACCGGUUUAAGCUUGGGGAAGGGGCAAUGCCAGCUAGCUUCAAGGUGCUCCAUGAUCCUGUUCGGAAAACAGAUACUGUUGUUGCGGACUUUGGUGAGAGUGCCAUUGGAAGGGUAGCUCCUGUUGACUCGGGUUUCUGGUGGAUUAUUCUUCUGCGUGCAUAUACAAAGUCUACAGGAGAUAUGUCCUUGUCAGAAUCACCGGAAUGUCAGAAGGGGAUGAGGCUUAUAAUGACUCUGUGUUUGUCAGAGGGGUUCGACACGUUUCCCACUCUGCUUUGCGCAGAUGGUUGCUCGAUGAUUGAUCGGAGAAUGGGGAUUUAUGGCUAUCCUAUUGAAAUCCAAUCGCUCUUUUUCAUGUCACUGAGAUGUGCUUUGUCUAUGCUUAAACACGACGGAGAGGGGAAGGAGUUCAUUGAUAGAAUAGUGAAACGGUUGCAUGCAUUGAGUUUUCACAUGAGAAACUAUUUUUGGCUUGAUUUCCGUCAACUAAAUGACAUCUACCGUUACAAAACAGAGGAAUACUCUCAUACUGCUGUAAAUAAGUUUAAUGUCAUUCCCGAUUCAAUUCCAGAUUGGGUUUUUGAUUUCAUGCCUACACGGGGUGGUUACUUUAUCGGAAAUGUGAGCCCAGCAAGGAUGGAUUUCCGAUGGUUUGCUUUGGGCAAUUGUGUAGCCAUCCUUUGUUCUCUUGCAACUCCAGAGCAAUCUAUGGCCAUUAUGGAUCUCAUUGAAGAACGCUGGGAAGAGCUGGUGGGUGAAAUGCCUUUGAAAAUCGCUUAUCCUGCCAUAGAAAGUCAUGAAUGGCGUAUUGUCACUGGAUGUGAUCCCAAGAAUACCAGAUGGAGCUACCACAAUGGAGGAUCUUGGCCAGUUCUAUUAUGGUUGUUAACGGCGGCAUGCAUCAAGACUGGUCGACCACAGAUUGCAAGAAAAGCCAUCGAUCUGGCAGAAUCCCGAUUGCUCAAAGACGGCUGGCCAGAAUACUAUGAUGGAAAGCUCGGAAGAUAUGUUGGAAAACAAGCUCGGAAGUACCAAACAUGGUCAAUUGCCGGGUAUCUAGUGGCAAAAAUGAUGCUAGAAGAUCCAUCACACUUGGGUAUGAUCUCUUUGGAGGAAGACAAGCUAAUGAAACCAUUGAUUAAGAGAUCAUCAUCUUGGACUUGCUGAGCCUAAGCAAAAGUAGGAAGGGUAGUUACUGGGAAGAUAUAUAAUUCCAAUUCCGGUGAUGUUCAUUCUUUGGCGAUUGCGAUUCUUAGGACUGAUUGCGAGGUCUGGUUGUAUACCAUAGUGUCUGCUGGCUUCUUGUUUCACAAAUAACUGCUUUUCUUUAUAUCUGUAACGUCAGUAACAUUUUUCCUCCAAAUAUCAUAAUCAAAUGGUUACCUCCUCCAUGUUGAAAGUAA